CGGAAAAGCCCAGAAGCACCGUCAUUCUUCUUCUUCUUCUCUCUCGCGCCUAGGGUUUUAGCAUCACUUCAGUGCUUCUCAGUUCUCGAAUUUCCAAAGAUUCAGAACAAUGCCUCGGUAUUACUGCGAUUACUGCGAUACGUAUUUGACCCACGAUUCGCCUUCGGUUCGAAAGCAGCACAAUGCGGGUUACAAACACAAGGCAAAUGUGCGGCAGUACUAUCAGCAAUUUGAGGAGCAGCAAACUCAGAGUUUGAUUGACCAAAGGAUUAAGGAACAUCUUGGCCAGACUGCAGCUUACGGGCAAGUUGGCGCAGCUUACAAUCAGCAUCUAAUGGCUAGGCCUCGCCUUCCUGUUCUACCAAACCCUAUGAUGCCACAAAUGCCUGGAGGUCCACCAAUGGCUCCAGGGAUUAGACUUCCUGUUUUGCCAAGACCUGGAGGUCCACCAAUGGCUCCAGGAGUAUACCAACAACAACCCAUGAUGCAAAUGAUGGCUCCACCUGGGGCUCCUGGGAUGCCUGGUCAAGUAAAUAUUCCCAUGAGGCCUCCCACUUUGAGUGCUCCACCAUCAGUUCCCGGCAGCGCACCACCCAAUGCUACUAACGGUGCCCCUUCUGUGGCUGCACCCCCAAUGUAUCAACCUAAUCCAACAGCGCCAACAAGCGGAGGCUAUGAUAGUUUCAAUUUAAAUGCACAGCCUCCUGAAUCUAGUCAGUGAUGUAGUUCAAUUGGCAAUCAUGAGAAAACCAGGAUCACUCUUCUUGCAGCACUUCUGUUGGAGAAGUCUUCUGCCAUGACUUUUUCCCAUGGUUUGCAGCAUGUGAUGUGAAUGAGAAGCUUGUUAUUUGUUAUCCAGUGUAGAGAAUUGUGAAUUGUGCGAUUAACAUUUUUGUAAACAUUUAACAUAUGGAUAACGUUGUUGAGACGGAGGUCUUGUUAUAAAUGGCUAUCAUAUUUGAACCGCUA